AUGUCUUGGCAGCAACAUGUCGGUGAACGGCGAUCAGUGUCGCCUGUACACGAGCCUGAUUCAGAGCUCAUGCAGUACAUGCAGCGUCACGUAGACGAGCGCUUUGCUACGCAGUCAAGUCAGGAACAACAUGACUACCACAGACGCCAGCAACGACAACAGCAGCAACAACAUGAAAUUGAACCUUCUCCACGUCAAAGGUUCCUUGAGAGUGCCAUUAAGAAACUCUCAAAGGCAAUCCUCCCAGCCGAUGAGCAAUCACCUGCCCCACCUCCGCCAGUGAAGCGUCAAUCACGACAACCCUACGCGACUGCAAGUCGUCGUGCUGCUGAUGCCGCUGCAGCUGCUGCCGCUGUUUCUCAACAAGAUUACACAACCACGCAAACGCUACCACACUCUUUACUGGCAGAUCAGUAUGCGUCUAUCCCAGGACAAUCGGGAUUUGAGCUAGAUCCAUUAUUGGUGCAAGAUGAGCAACAACAUCUCGCUCAACAACAACGCAAAUUGCUCGAGUUGCAGCAAUUGCAACAACGUCAAGAGCUUGAACGUCUCAAACAAGCAAAUAUGCCUGCGCCGCCACUUCCUGAAGCAGCAGCGGCAGCAACGCCUGCAGUAGCAGCAACAACGCCUGCAGAAGUGACAGCUGACACGUCAAAACCGACAGACAAGCCACGCAAGGAAAUAGGUAAAUCAAAAGCACGUGGACAGAAAUCAAAGAGCCCUGCAGAAGACCCUGCUGAGGCUGAAGUUGUGCCUGAACGUCCUGUUCGUCCUGUACGUGCAGCGAGGUUGCGAGCAACGCAAAAGAUUGCAGAAGCUGAAGCCAUCACGGAGCCGGAAGCAGAUGAGCUUGAGGAAGGUGGAGAUGACGCACAUGACGGCAGUGUGCAUGAAGAAGCACUCGCUGAUGAAGACGGUGAAGAGGACGAAGAGGCAGAAGAGGAGAGUUGGUCAGAGGGAGAGGCGACGGAUGACGAUGAAGACUUUGUGCUGCCCUUUGCCGGUGGUUCUGGUACGAAACGCUCAGCUGGCUCAUCGAGCAAUGGUGCAAAGAAACGCGCACCGGGAGAGCCACCGAGGAAGCGUGGUCGUCCACCGCUCAAGAAGACACCAGAGCAGGAAGCUGCGUUACGGGCACGGCAACGGAGACCGCCUCAUGUGGAUAAAGCGACGUGGCAGGCAUUAUUGGCACUUGCACGACAUGGACGGAUCUUGCAGGCUCAAGCACGACUGCAGCAGGAAGGAGGGCAAGCGAACCAGCCUUUGCAGCAACAAGCACAAUCACAGCAACAACAGCCACCUAGUCUAUAG